CGGAGACUUAUCGCACUUUAUUCCAAAACCGCCGACAGCCAGAGGAGAGGAUUCCCCCAACCCGCACCCGCCUGAAGUCGGCGGCGCUCCCCUCCCCGUCCUCCUCUUCGCUGCCCCCGUCCUCCUCCUCGGUGAACUAGUCUCAUCCAGGAUCUAUCAAGAUGUCUGAGAGCCAGGAAACUGAUAGGAACAUUGAAAUCUGGAAGAUUAAGAAGCUAAUAAAGGCACUGGAGUCUGCUAGAGGCAAUGGCACAAGCAUGAUCUCUCUUAUUAUGCCUCCACGUGAUCAGGUUGCUCGAGUGGCAAAGAUGUUAGGUGAUGAGUAUGGUACUGCUUCCAACAUAAAGAGUAGAGUGAAUCGCCAAUCUGUUUUGGGUGCCAUCACCUCCGCCCAGCAGAGGCUGAAGCUCUAUAACAGAGUUCCUCCCAAUGGUUUAGUUCUCUAUACUGGAACCAUUGUUACUGAUGAUGGAAAGGAAAAGAAAGUUACCAUUGAUUUUGAGCCAUUCAAGCCUAUAAAUGUGUCGCUGUACCUUUGUGAUAACAAGUUCCACACUGAGGCUUUAAAUGAGCUCUUGGAAUCUGAUGACAAGUUUGGCUUCAUUGUUAUGGAUGGUAAUGGUACUCUUUUUGGCACACUAAGUGGAAAUACCCGUGAGGUGCUACACAAAUUCACCGUCGAUCUCCCAAAGAAGCACGGUAGAGGAGGGCAGUCAGCUCUACGGUUUGCUCGUCUUCGGAUGGAAAAACGUCAUAACUAUGUCCGAAAAACCGCUGAGCUUGCCACUCAGUUUUUCAUCAAUCCAGCUACAAGUCAGCCUAAUGUCUCUGGACUAAUUCUUGCUGGUUCUGCUGAUUUCAAGACAGAGCUGAGCCAAUCUGAUAUGUUUGAUCAGAGACUUCAAGUCAAGAUACUCAAUGUGGUUGAUGUUUCUUAUGGUGGCGAGAAUGGUUUCAACCAAGCUAUUGAGUUGUCAGCUGAGAUUCUUGCAAAUGUCAAGUUCAUACAGGAGAAGAAGUUAAUUGGCAAGUACUUUGAAGAGAUCAGUCAAGAUACUGGGAAAUAUGUCUUCGGUGUCGAUGACACUCUAAAGGCUCUUGAAAUGGGUGCUGUUGAGACUCUGAUAGUGUGGGAGAAUCUCGAUAUCAACAGAUAUGCGCUGAAGCACAGUGUCUCUGGGGAAAUUAUUAUCAAACAUCUGAACAAAGAGCAGGAAGCGGAUCAGAGCAAUUUCCGUGAUUCUGAGACUAAUUCUGAGCUGGAAGUUCAGGAAAAAAUAUCUUUAUUGGAAUGGUUCGCUAAUGAGUACAAGAAGUUCGGUUGCUCGCUUGAGUUUGUCACUAACAAAUCACAAGAGGGAUCACAGUUCUGUAGAGGAUUCGGUGGCAUUGGUGGUAUGCUGCGCUAUCAGUUAGAUAUCCGAUCUUUUGAUGAGGCUUCUGAUGACGAGGGUUUGUAUGAAGACUCUGAUUAGCAAUCAUCCAACCCAAUGACUGUGCUGGCCCAUGGGAGGACGCCACAGCUGCAACAGCUCGGUUUGCUCUGCUUACACAAGAACACUAUGAAGGCAGCUAUCUAGAGAUUGAUGGGCGUGGGCCAGCCUUAUCCUAUGCCAAAGGAGUUUAAAUCAAAUGAUCGAGAUACCAUCAUGGCAGUAAUGUCUCAAGAAGUUAACUGCGAUUAAAGGCUAAAGCUUGUUAUAGCUAGCUGCCACCUUAUGCUUCUCUAUUCAGUCGUUGUCUAUUGUCGGUCUGUUGUCAAUGUCUGAGGUUCUGAAUUCUAGGAUGUGUCUCUUGUCUGUCUCUUAUCAAUGUCACAGGUUGUGAAUUCUAGGAUGUGUUUUGGUUUGGGAAACAAGUACUGGUGUCUGUUUUGAAUAUUUACCGUGGUGAAUGCACUCGUAUAAUUACUCAUUUUCCUUUCUUA